UAUGCCUCUCCCCAGUGCAACACAUUAUUAUUGUGGUCAGCAUGUCGGAGAUUGAAGACGCACAAUUGCGAUUAACAUUCGCUGAUCUCGAACUGAGCGAUUGGGUAGUUGCUCAAUGUCGUGGUCUGGGAAUGACAGUACCUACACCAGUACAGUAUAACUGUAUACCGGAAAUAUUAAAAGGAAAUGACUGCAUUGGCUGUGCAAAGACAGGAAGUGGCAAGACUGCAGCGUUUGCACUUCCCAUUCUGCAGAAAUUGAGCGAAGAUCCAUAUGGUAUUUUUGCCCUCAUCAUGACACCAACGAGGGAGUUGGCAGUUCAAAUUGCUGAUCAGUUCAAAGUGCUUGGAAAACCGAUUGGUCUUAAAGAUGCACUCAUAAUCGGUGGCAUGGAUAUGGUAAAACAAGGAUCUGAAUUGUCCAAAAAACCACACGUUGUCAUAGCAACACCGGGAAGACUAGCAGACCAUGUGCGGAGUGGAAACGGAGGAAACUUCAAGAAAGUCAAGUUCCUUGUCAUGGACGAAGCCGACAGGCUGCUGGACAGUGACAACUUCAACGAGCAGCUGACGACGAUAUUCACGGCGUUGCCACGGAAACGACAGACGCUGUUGUUUAGUGCGACGAUCACGGACACGCUGCAGAAGCUGCAGGAGGUGGCGAUGCGGAAGCCGUUCCUGUGGCAGUCGCAGGCCGAGUGAAAUGCUCUUGUGUCACUUCACACUGAGCAGAUAUUGAAAAAUCUAUUGUUUGUGUACUCAGUUCAUGUCCUCUUCUGUUGCAGACAGUGUCAGAUAUUGUCUAUGGCACUGAGGGAAGUAGGUUUUCCCUGCACUGCCCUGCACUCUAUGAUCAAGCAGAGGGAACGACUGGCAGCACUGGCCAAGUUCAAGUCUAACGUAGUUAGAAUACUUGUAGCUACAGAUGUAGCCAGUAGAGGGCUGGACAUUCCACAAGUAGAACUAGUGAUUAACCACAAUGUACCCACUGUGUCCAAGGACUACAUACAUCGUGUUGGCAGAACAGCCCGGGCAGGUAGAGGCGGACUGGCCAUCACACUGCUGACUCAGUAUGACAUCAAAUUACUUCACGCCAUUGAGAAGCUUAUCAAUGUUAAGUUGGUGGAACAUCCAACAGUUGAAUCAGAUGUCAUGAAAAUACUGACUGAAGUUUCUGUGGCUGCGAGAGAAGCAGAGAUUAGAUUAGAUGAACAGGACUUUGGUGUGAACAAAGCCAUUAAUAAGAGAAAGAAGAUGAUUAUAGAUGGAAAGGAUCCGGACGAAGAAGAGAAGAAGAAACGGAAACGACUGAAGCUGAAGCGGAAAACGUUUCUAGAGAAGCGGAAAGCGGUGGCAUCAUCAUCAUCAUCGUGGGAGGCUGCGCCGCCCUCCUCGCUCGUUCCCUCGUCUGCCACUACAAGCUGACAAUAGUAACUCCAUCCCUGCCAACUGUCUCUAUGCAUUCUGCUGUGUAAUGUUAUAAUGUCUGAAAUAUAAUAUAAGAAUAUGAUUGAUUGGUUCAGUAA